AUGUCCAUUAAAUCAAUAUUAGAUAGAUUUUUAGAUCUCGUAAACUUCGCUAAUAUUUAUUUACUUCCUUAUGAUGGCGACGCGCAAUUACUUUCAACACAAACAAGAAAUGUAAGGAUAACGGGAAAAGAUUUAAUUAAACAAAAUGUUGAGAACGAGGUUCAUAGAUUACAAUUUUACGAUCAAUAUCUAAUUAAUGUAGCGACAAAUUACGUAUGGAACACGCAUUCAAAUUCUUUUCAAAGAAAUCUAUUCGAAAAUCUUGCAAAUAAUGCAAAUACCAUAAAUAAUAUAAAUCAAAAUCUUCUUUCGUUUAUAAACAAUUCUGAUACCAUCGACAGAAUUACACAAAUGGCACCCCAAAUAACGAAUAACAAUAAUUCUUUCGUAAAUAUUUUCUUUAAUGGUGAUACAAACUUUUAUUGA